CCUUCCCUGGGAAGGGGAUCAUUUCCUUAUUUCUAUGAAUAGAAGAAGAAAGAAGCAGUCAUGGCGUUGGCUGUAAUCGAAAAAAACACCAGAAAAUGGCAUGAAAUUCAACGAGCCCUCACACAGGGGAUUUGUGGAGAGAUAGAACGUCGUUCUAUUGAAAACUGUGAAAGAAAUCUCGGAAGAAUUGAGCAUUUGCUAUCACCAGACACAAACAAUGAACUCAAAAGCAGUUUGGCUCAACUGAAAACUCUAAUAGACGCAAAUUUCCAUGCUGGGGAAGACAGACGUUUCUCUGUCAGGCGCAUUAGUUCAGGGAGAAGAGGCCGACCAGCCAUUGAUGUUACCAGAGAACACAUUGAAUUUCUGCUGAAGCAAGGCCAUACAAUUUCAAAAACUGCUGAAAUACUGGGAUGCUCCUCAUCAUUUCUGUACAAGAAGUCAAAGUUGUUGGGUAUACCUGUUAGAAGUAUGCUGUCUGCAAUAGAUGAUGGUGAACUAGAACAACAUGUGAGGCAACUUCAGAGCCAAUAUCCUAAUUCUGGAAAUGAGAUGAUAAGAGCCCUGUUGCGUGCACAGGGUGUGCUUGUUACACGGUCCAGGGUGCGUGAGAUGUUGACACGGGUCAAUCCUACUGCUGCUGCAAGGAGAUGGAGCCAGACAGUUGCAAGACGUGUUUAUCAUGUACCUUACCCCAAUAGCUUGUGGCACAUUGAUGGGAACAUGCGUCUCAUAAGAUGGGGUUUUGUGAUUCAUGGUGCAAUUGAUGGAUACUCCCGUCUGAUUACUUACCUCAACUGCAGCACAGACAAUCGUGCCACAACAGUCCUUUCUCAGUUUUUGAAAGCAACAUGCCUCUAUGCCCUACCAUCAAGAGUCAGAUCUGACCAUGGUGGUGAAAACAUCCUUGUGGCUUUAUUCAUGCAUCUAGUUCAAGGACUUGAACACAGAGGUUUCAUAACCGGACAAUCAGUUCACAAUCAGAGAAUUGAACGCCUUUGGCGUGAUGUAUUUUUGCAUGUGUUGCAACACUUUUAUCUUAUGUUCUACUCUUUAGAGGAUUCAGAGGUUCUAAACCCAGAUGAUGAUGUCCACAGACUUUCACUGCAUAUUGUUUAUCUUCCUGAGAUUCAAAAAAGACUGGAGCAGUUUAGACAGGCCUGGAACCUCCAUCCGUUGCGAACAGAAAAUAAUCGCACACCAACUCAACUCUGGACAGAGGGCAUGCUCAAAAACAUUGCAUCAGACAGCACAGCUGUCAACAAUGUGUUUGGGGAAAAUCCCUACAGCGACCAAAACAUUGAUGCCAUCCUAGCGCAGUAUGGAAUUCAAACACUGCCUACACUUGAUGAGGAAGAGUUCCCAGCUGUUAAUGUAGAGCCACCUCAACUCAUCCUCACUCAGCAACAACAGACAUCUGUACACAAUGCAAUCCAACACCUUUCUGAUCUAAAGAUAAAAUAUCAGGCUUGCUGUACUGCAAUUAUCAGUAUUUUGCAAACUCAGGUAUAGUCUAAUUCCAAGCCCAGAGAUAAAAGUUUAUUGGCUGCAUAUAUUAUCCAGGACUGAAAGACAUUUUUAGUUUCAACAGCUGAUGGCGCUAAUGCCAGGUGUGCUAGAUUUGGCAGUAGCUAACAACACUGUUGGUGCUGUGUUAUGUUUUAUUGUCUUUUUUUUUUUUUUUUGUAGUACUGUUGGCUGACAAUAUUCGUUUUGUUCCUUUCUACUCCCAUUGUUAUAAUUCGUAGAAAAAGUGGAAAAGCAUCCAAUUAGUAUGAAUGAGAUUUAAAUGUUGAAUAAAACUCGUAAUGUAUGAAAAACGUGAAACAUCUUAAGGUUUAAAUGGAAUAUGAAUCAAUAGACAAGAUCUGAAAAUGCAUGAAAAAGAAAAUUCAAUAUGAAUGUUUGGAAAAGUGGAGAAGGAUCUAACUAUUUUGAAUGGGAUGAAAAGAUGAAUAAAAAAAAAGAUGAAUAAACUGGUAAUGUAUGAAAAA